AAAGGGGGUCCUUUUUGGUGUAAAUCUGGAGUCUAAUUCCGUAAUAUAUCACGGUACCUCGUAAAACCGACACUAAAACGUCCCGGCCUACAAAUCACCCGGCCAGAUUAUGAGUUCAUUGUAUUAUGCGAAUGCUUUAUUUUCUAAAUAUCAGGCCGCAAAUUCGGUUUUCCCCUCCGGAGUGUUUCCUGAGCAAACUUCGUGCGCCUUCGCCUCCAAUGCCCCGCGCGGCAGCGGCGGCUAUGGCUCGGGCGCCACGGCCUCCUUCGCGGCCUCCAUGCCGGGCUUGUACCCCAGCGGAGGGGCCAUGCACCCCCAGGGCCCCGGCAUGUACCCCGGAGGGUACGGCCUGGAAGCCGGCUCCUUCAACAUGCACUGCUCCCCCUUCGAGCAGAACCUCUCCGUGAUGUGUCCCGGCAGCGGCGGCGGCGACGCCUCCAAGCCCAACGGCAACAAAAGCGGGGACCAGAGGGACGAGAGCAACUUGCGCAUCUACCCCUGGAUGCGGAGCACAGGAACGGACAGAAAACGAGGCCGCCAGACCUACACAAGGUACCAAACGCUGGAACUGGAGAAGGAAUUCCAUUACAACCGUUACUUGACCAGACGGCGACGUAUAGAGAUAGCCCACGCUUUGUGUCUUACAGAAAGACAGAUCAAAAUCUGGUUCCAGAACAGGCGCAUGAAGUGGAAAAAAGAAAACAAACCCGCAGGUCCGGGCUCCAACAGCCAGGAAAAACCAGAAGCGGAGGAAGACGAGGAAGAAUGAGAAAGAAAGAGUGGGAGAAGGGUGGGGUGGAAGAAUGAGUGAAAGUGAAGGCAAGAGAGAGAGAGGUGGGCGAGAAGAAGCGUGGAGUGAAAAAAAUCAAAGAGAGAACUGACCAUCCUGUCCCCAAACGAAAGGAAGAACCAGAAAUGGGGGGAAAGAAAUCACCAAUAAAGACUGUACAACAUUCAACAAGAAUCGAAACCUCUCAGCCAACUGAAAAGACGGUUCCUUCGCUUUCUUGACACUUGGAAAACUACCUAUAUUAACAUUUCUCUGCUCUUUUGUUGAUGUUUUUUUUGUACGACAAAAUCGAUAUUAAACCUACCUAUUCAAUGUCUCUUUAGAAUAAAAUAUAGAUGACGUUUUUGUUCCUUACGUGGGUCUUCAUAUUGUCAAGUUCCUUCUCCCUUUUGUGUAAUUUUUUUUAAAAUGAAGUAAAAACGUGGACGUGAUUAGCACUUUUUUCAUAGAAAACGUGGAGUCCAAAUGUAUGAAGGGAACACAAGGCUUAGCUAAGAUGACUGUUGUACAUACUUCGAUGAGAUCCCUGUCUUUCUCUUCUCCUCCCCUCUUCGUAGAUUUGUGCCUCUCCGUCUGGUUGCUGGUGCUGUAUUUCUGAUGUUAUUUUUCGCUCGUUUUAUUUUUGGUUGGUAUAUAUUUUUACAUAUUCGGACAAUGGACCACUUCCUUUAUUAUUGCUGUCACUAGAGCAUUCGAAAUUAAUAUUGUAUUGAGUAAACAAGAGAAAACAACGGUGUAUAUGAUAGAUAGCAAAUAAUUUAAUCGUUGGCCAAGCCUUUUUAUUUGUAAUUCUGUGAUUACUAUGCGUAGAGAGAAAACGAUUAAAAAAGAAACGAUUAAAAAAUAAUCUUACUGAA